GAAAUGCUUGCACAUUUACCAAUGUUUUCCCAUCCAAAUCCAAAAAACGUUUUAAUUAUUGGCGGGGGAGAUGGAGGUAUUUUACGUGAAGUUCUCAAACAUGCAAGUGUUGAACAUGUAGUUAUGUGUGAAAUUGAUGAAAUGGUUGUCAAUGUAGCAAAAGAAUAUCUCCACGGUCUUUCCUCAUCUUUCAAUUCUCCAAAAUUGGAGUUACAUAUUGGCGAUGGUUUUGAAUUUUUACGUCAACGCAAAAACCAAUUUGAUGUUAUUAUUACUGAUUCUUCAGAUCCUAUAGGCCCAGCAGAAAGUUUGUUUGGAAGUGCUUAUUACGAGCUUGUAUUUAAUGCUCUACGCGAUGAUGGUGUUCUCUCUAGCCAAGCAGAAAGUAUUUGGCUUCAUUUACCUUUAAUCACCAAACUUGUUGAAUGUGUACAGAAAAUAUUUCCUUCUGUGGCAUAUGCUUCUUCAAGUGUUCCAACAUAUCCGUCUGGUUGUAUUGGCUAUUUAAUUGCUGGAAAACAGAAGAAAGAUUUGCGUAUUCCUCAACGUUCACUUAACAACGAGCAAUGUAAAGCUAUGGGUUUACAAUUUUAUAACAGUCAAAUGCAUAGUGCCUCAUUUGUUUUGCCAAAUUUUGCUGCUUCAGUGCUUCCACCAACAAAAAUGUAA